AUGGACGGCAACUAUUACAACCCAAACAUGACUAGCAACUUUGGAUCUGACAGAACCAAUAAUAAGGUGCUGAGGAUUGUGAUGGUGGGGAAGACUGGAAUUGGAAAGAGUGCCUCUGGAAACACCAUUCUGGGAAGAAAGUGCUUUGAAUCAAAGUUCAGUGCUAAGUCUAUGACUGUAGACUGUUCUAAGGGCAGAGGUGAGGUGUUUGGACAACAGAUUGCUGUUAUUGACACCCCAGGCUUGUUUGACACCAGGUUUGGCAUGGAUAGAACAACUAAAGAUGUGACCCAGUGCAUCACUUAUGCUGCUCCUGGACCCCAUGUCUUCCUGGUGGUCAUCAGACUGGGAAGAUACACUGAAGAAGAAAUGAAGACGGUGCAGAAGAUUCAAGAAAUCUUUGGUCAGGCUGCAGACAGAUACAGCAUGGUGCUCUUUACUGGUGGUGAUCUUCUUGUAGAUACCACUAUUGAAGAGUUCUUGGGUGAAAGUUCAGACCUGCAAGAACUUGUAGCCAGAUGUAAUGGCCAAUAUCAUGUCUUCAAUAAUCAGCUGAAAGAUGGAGCUCAGGUCACUGAGCUGCUCCAGAAGAUCAGAAACAUAGUCCAGAAGAACGGAGGAAACCACUACACCAACCAGAUGUUCCAAGAAGCUGAGAGGGCAGUCGAAGAGGAGAAACAACGCAUCCUCAAAGAAAAAGAAGAAGAAAUACGCAGAGAACAAGAAGAACUGGAGAGGAAAAUACAGGAAAAAUAUGAAAAACAGAUGGAGAAAAUGAAUGCCAAAGUCCAGGCUGAGAGAGAGAGGGAGAGGAAGGAGAGAGAGGAGGAAAGGAAGAGGGAGAAGGAGGAGAUGAAUGAGGAAAGGAAGAGGGAGAGGGAGGAGAGAGAGACAGAGAGAAAGAGAGAGAGAGAGGAGAGAGAAAGGGAGAUAGCAAACAUGAAGGAACAGCGUGACAGAGAGCUGAAAGAGGAAAAAGAAAGGUUGCAGCAAAGACAUGAAGAGGAGGCCAGAAAGAAUGCUGAGGACAUCAAUCCUUUGCUAAAAGGUUUUAAACAGAUAGGUGAAGGAUUAGUAAACAUUGGCAAGGGAGUUUUAGGAUGGUUCAAGAGGUAAGAAGAACAAUCAGUGUUUCUAUAUUGAGGUAGUUCAU